AUGUUUCCUCUGCGGCUCAUCGCUCUGCUCUUCAUCACAGUUCAGGAGAAUGACCAGGAAGAGAAAGAGUGGCCUAGAGAGAAAGAUAGAGAGAAAAACUCAAAGAACGGUGGAGAGAGUAAGUAUGACUUGCGCUUUCAGAGGGGAGAUCUGUUGGAAGUCCCCAGGACGCUGUUCACCCACUUUGGCAUCUACCUCGGAGGAGGAAGAGUAGCUCAUCUAAUUCCAGAUAUCCUGCCCGUGGUCUCCAAUGACCAGUGUUGGAUCAAACAGAUGGUCACCAACAACCGACUCAUAAUGGGAGUACUGGCCAAGUGCGCCAGCGUGAGAGUGGACUCUGUGGACGACUUCGCUUACGGAUCCGAGAUUCUCAUUAACAAGAUGGAUAAGGUGUGCAGCCGCCCCCCACUGCCGGGAGAGGAGGUGGCUCGACGGGCCGAGAAACUACAAGGUUCAAUCACCUACAGUCUGCUGUGGUACAACUGUGAGCACUUUGUCAUGUACUGUCGCUACGGCACCGCCAUGAGCUUCCAGACAUUUCAGUUCUGUAAGACAGUGAGGAAGAUGGUGCUGAGUCGUCGUGUUGCGAAGGUUACAGCAGUACUGGGAGUGGGUCUCAUCCUCUACCUCAAUGCUCUGUCUGUCUGCUCCAUCCUGCUAGUGAUCCUGUUACCCUUUCUCAUAUGGAUGGCCUCCUAG